AUGGCAAGGAUAAAGGCUAUACAUUUGCUGUUACUUGGUCAAUUUAUAGUGCAACUGGUUCUAAUCCAAGCGGAAAUACCCUCAAUCAUUGUAUUUGGAGACUCUUCUGUAGAUGCGGGCAAUAAUAACUAUGUAGCUACUGUUGCCAAGAGUAAUUUUCAGCCUUAUGGCUGUGAUUUCUACAAUAGCCGCCCCACAGGGCGUUUCUCUAAUGGGCGGAUUGCUACGGAUUUUAUCUCUGAGGCUCUUGGCAUAAGGCCUAUAAUACCUGCAUAUCUGGACUCCUAUUAUAACAUAUCAGAUUUUGCAAAAGGAGUUAGCUUUGCCUCAGCUGGAACAGGUUAUGAUAAUUAUACCUCUGAUAUACUGUCAGUGAUACCGCUGUGGAAGGAGCUGGAAUACUUCAAGGAUUACCAAAACAGAUUGAGAGCUUAUUUUGGACCUAUAAAAGCUAGCAAAGUGCUAAGUGAAGCACUUUAUCUGAUUAGUAUAGGGACAAAUGAUUUCCUAGAGAAUUAUUACGCACUCCCAGUAAGAUCAACAGUCUAUUCUGUCGAAGAAUAUGAGGAUUUCCUUUUAGGGAUAGCAAGAAACUUCAUCACAAAUCUGUAUAUUCUAGGAGCUCGUAAAAUAUCUAUAGGUGGGCUUCCUCCAAUGGGUUGCUUGCCUUUAGAAAGAACCAAAAAUUACUUAUUAGGAAAGAUUUGCAUACAGAAAUACAAUCGUGUGGCUAAGGAGUAUAAUCUGAAGUUGCAGCAAUUGGUCAUGAGGCUAAACCAGGAGUUGGGUGGCAUACAGUUGGUCUAUUCAGACAUAUACACUAUUCUCUUGGAUAUCAUCAAGAAUCCACAAUCAUUUGGGUUUGAGAUUGGAGAGAGAGGAUGUUGUGCAACUGGAAGAUAUGAGAUGAGUUACAUGUGCAACAAACUCAACCCAUUCACGUGUGACGCUCCGAAUAAAUAUGUAUUUUGGGACUCAUUUCACCCAACUGAAAAGACCAAUUUCAUUGUUGCUGAACAUGCAAUUAAUAACUCUUUGGGUGUAUUUCUGUAG